GCUUCAAGAGGCUCAAACUUCCGAAUGUUGUUCUUCUCUCAGGUAGAAGCGGUAGCUGGUGGUUUUGGUUGAAGAACAGCUGAAGAAAAGGCGAAGCGGCGACAGGAAACUUUGGCUUAUUCCUUUUUUCUUUUUGGGCAGAUGAAAUAGUUUUUGUUUUAAGUGGAGAACCUGAACUCCACCUGCUGAAAAGCCACAGGCUGAAGGAUCUGCUGCUGACUGAACACCUGCUUGGUGGGUUCAGCCAGAGAACAAAGUGAGGAGGAGACCGUCUGUUGUGCUUCUGCUUCCUACUGAUUACAAAUGUAUGCUGAGAAAAUUGUAACAGAGGGGAAGAUGGGGAGCAGGGGGAUUUCUCUGACCUGUGUGUUGACCCCCUGGCGGGUGAUCGGGGUGUGUGUAACAUUGAUGACCCUGGGAGCCAUUGGAGCUGCCGUUUGGGCCGUAGUUACUUAUUGCACCAUGGAAGAAGACACAGGAUUGUACGAUGUUCAGGUAAAUUCACCUGACCAACAUCUCAGGAUCUUCGAUCCCGCUCAGCGGAGGUGGCGUCAGGUGUGUUCCUCCCCAGCUAAUGAACUUCUUGCUAGCAUCAGUUGUGAGGAAGUUGGAUUCGUCAGUGUGCUGAACUACUCCGUCGCGUCGGUGCCAGAGGCCAGUGGUGAUGGAGGAGAGUUCUUCUGCGUCAGGCAGGAAGAUCUCAGCCACGGCAAGAAAAUCAAAGACUCGUUGUUCCCAUGUGAUUGUGAGGAUGGGGAAGUUCUCACACUGUUGUGCCAAGACUGUGGCAGACGUAGUUUUGCUGCAGAUCGCAUCGUUGGAGGUGUGGAUGCACGGCAGGGCAGCUGGCCAUGGCAGGUUAGCUUGCAGUAUGAUGGUGUUCAUCAGUGUGGAGGAUCCAUCAUCUCCAAUCGCUGGAUUGUCUCAGCAGCUCACUGCUUCCCAGAGCGCUAUCGCUUCAUUAAUCGCUGGCGAGUCCUCCUGGGCUCCAUCUAUAACAAACCGGUCAAUGCUAAUGUGGCAGAGGUGAAGACCAUUGUUUACCACAGCAGCUACCUGCCUUUUGUAGACUCCAACAUUGAUGACAACAGCAGGGACAUUGCUGUUCUGGCCCUCACACAGCCGCUCACCUUUAAUGAAUACAUCCAGCCUGUCUGUCUGCCAGCUUAUGGCCAAAGACUGAUAGACGGGCAGAUGGGAACCGUGACGGGCUGGGGGAACGUUGGAUACUACGGUCAUCUAGCUGAUGUUCUUCAGGAAGCAAACGUUCCCAUCAUCAGUGAUGCAGUCUGUAAUGCUCCUGAUUACUAUGACAACCAGAUUACCACCACCAUGUUCUGUGCCGGCUUUGAGAAGGGAGGCAUCGACGCCUGCCAGGGAGACAGCGGUGGUCCUUUUGUAGCAGUCGACUGUCUUUCUAAGACCAGUCGCUAUCGCCUGCUGGGGGUGGUGAGCUGGGGAACCGGCUGUGCCAUGGCCAAGAAACCUGGUGUGUACACCCGAGUGUCCCGGUUUUUGCCCUGGAUAUCUACAGCCAUGAGGAACUAUCACAACUCUCCAGGUGUUCACAAAAUGGCCCGAAUAUGAAACCUUUCUACUGUGUGAGGAGAAUAAGGACAGUUUUUUUUCUUGAUGAGACUGUGAUCCAGUGACUGAGAGAUGAACAGCUGUGGUUUCCCCACUCAUCAAGUUUCCACUCCCACUGAAACUAUUUACAGAGGAUUGUCUCGGUUCACGAGCCUGCAUGCAUCACUGACCAUCCACCAGGGCUGUGGAAUAAACGUGGAACCUAAAACCUUCAGCACAAAAAAAACGUCAAAGGACCAACUUAGUAAACAAAACAUCAUGAAGGACAUAAUCCCCAUGGGCCUCUGAACUAAACAGCAAUAGGGUUUUUUGAAGCACAAGCCCGUCUCAAUGAGCCUGGCUCUGAAUCUUAGUCUAGACUCUAAAUGUAAAUUAGCACUAACAGACGAUUAAAAACCUGAUGGAUUUGUAAGAUCAGGAGUGAUUAUAAAAAUAAAGUAUUGGAUCUUUUCUGCAGUUGAAAUGAUAAAAAUGUCGUCUUACAUCAGAAAGCUGUGUGAUACGUGCUCUUUCAGAUGCUGAGUCUGUCUUCAUAUAAAACCUAAUUUUCUGUAGCUAAUUCCACCUAAACCAAUGAAGUUGCUGUUUGUGUUCCAGUUUAUGUUUUGUUGUAAAUAUUUUUGUUGAUUUAUAUUUCAGACGUGUAUAAUUAAACAAUCUGCAGAUCUGAAUGUCAACAGUGCAAUAACAAUGAAUAUGUUCUGCAACGCUACACUAUUAAAUGCACACAUUACUGUUUA